AUGAAGGAUCACGAGACUCAAACCAAGCUCUGCGCCAGGGGGCACUGGAGGCCUGCUGAGGACGCCAAGCUCAGAGAACUCGUCGCCCGGUACGGUCCCCAGAACUGGAAUCUGAUUGCCGAGAAGCUCGAAGGACGAUCAGGUAUUACUGAUUAGAAACCAAUUUCCCUAAAAAAAAUAGCCACGGACCUUAUCCUUUUGGGCUAUACGGGCACUGAUUCAUCGUCUUCGUCACCCGACUCGCUUUGUGGUCGGACAGGGAAGAGCUGCCGGCUGAGAUGGUUCAACCAGCUGGACCCGAGGAUCAACCGGAGGGCCUUCAGUGAAGAGGAAGAAGACAGGCUUCUGGCAGCCCAUCGACUCUACGGGAACAAAUGGGCGCUGAUAGCCAGGCUAUUCCCUGGCCGGACGGACAACGCGGUGAAGAACCACUGGCAUGUCAUCAUGGCCAGGAAGCACCGGGAGCAGUCCAGUGCUUACAGGCGGAGGAAGGCCUGUCUGCCAGCUGGUUCACCGCCGCAGGCGGCGGAGAUGGUCGCCAAUAACAAUGCAUGCAGUGGUGAGUCGACCACCACCAGCAAUAGGGACGAGUCUGCAGCAUCCACUGGCACAGAUCUCUCCCUCAACUCGCCCUCCAGCCGGCCUGUUCUUCAAGGGUUCUACCGCAGAUUCCGUCCUCAGCACCAACCACCGUCACCGAUCGAAUCUUUCGUGGGUAUGUUUGUUUGA